AUGGGAAAACAGAAGGCGCUUAUGGACAAGCUCGCAAGGACCUUUCAGAUCCGUCACAUGCUGCUACGCCAGGCUCUGGCAGAGUGCCUGGGAACCCUGAUACUGGUGAUGUUUGGCUGUGGUGCAGUGGCCCAGCUGGUGCUAAGUGGUGGCUCCCAUGGAAUGUUCCUCACUGUCAACUUUGCCUUUGGCUUCGCAGCUACACUGGGCAUCCUGGUCAGCGGACAGAUCUCAGGAGGCCACCUGAACCCAACGGUGACCUUCGCCCUCUGUCUAUUGGGGAGAGAACCUUGGAGGAAAUUCCCUGUGUUUUUCUUGUUCCAGACUAUAGGGGCCUUCCUGGGAGCUGGGAUCAUAUUUGGCAUGUAUUUUGAUGCGUUGUGGGACUACGGCCAAGGAACACUGAUCGUUGUGGGGGAGAAUGCCACUGCUGGGAUCUUUGCCACAUAUCCCUCCAAACAUCUCACUCUGGUUAAUGGAUUCUUUGACCAGAUUAUAGGCACAGCAGCUCUGAUCGUGUGUAUCCUGGCCAUCGUGGACCCCUACAACAACCCCAUCCCCCGGGGCCUGGAGGCCUUCACAGUGGGGUUCGUGGUGCUGGUCAUCGGCCUGUCAAUGGGCUUCAACUCAGGCUACGCUGUCAACCCUGCCAGGGACCUGGGCCCACGCAUCUUUACUGCCCUGGCUGGCUGGGGUGGUGAGGUCUUCACGGCUAAUGCCUACUGGUUCUUUGUGCCAAUCUUUGCCCCCUUCAUUGGUGCAGUGUUGGGGGUGAUGGUGUACCAGCUGAUGGUGGGGUACCAUGUGGAGGGAGAAGCACGGGAGAAGAAGGAAGAGGAGGAGAAGGAGGAGCAAGAUGAAAGGCUCAAACUGUCCAGCCUAACUAUCAAGGACAGUGCAUGA